AUGACGUCCGCUGCCACCCCCUCGAAGCCUCCACCGCACCACCCCGCCAGCCCGCCGCAACAGCAGCAGCAUGCCUCGCCCUCGAAUGCCCAGUCGCCCCCGAGCAAGCGGGAUCUGAAGUCAUGGUGGAAGCGCUUCCAGGUCCAGUCGUCGAAACACCAAGAAGCCCAAGAAUCAAGGCCUCAAGGCAUAUUCGGUGUCCCGCUGCGGCAGAGCAUCACCUAUGCAAAUGUAGCCAUUUCGCUGGUUGAUGAUGACGGCAAGAGCUAUAUCUACGGCUAUGUGCCUAUUGUUGUUGCCAAAUGCGGUGUCUUCCUGAAGGAAAAAGCCACCGGCAUAGAGGGUAUAUUUCGCCUGAGCGGUUCGGAGAAGCGUAUCAAGGAACUGAAACUUGCAUUCGACUCGCCUGACCGAUAUGGCAAGGGGCUUGUCUGGGAUGGUUACACGGUGCACGAUGCGGCUAACGUUCUUCGGCGCUACCUGAACGACCUUCCUGAGCCCGUAGUACCCCUUGAUCUCUAUGAGAAGUUCCGCGCCCCCUUGAAGGGAAACACCAGACAGGCAGUGGGCGACGCCGAGGGUGCACAGCUGGCGGAGAACUUCAACGAAGAGGAGGCCAUUGACAAGUACCAGGAACUGAUCAAGAUUCUUCCUCCGUUGAACCGACAGCUACUUCUCUACAUCCUCGAUCUGCUUGCCGUCUUUGCUGCCAAGGCCGACGAGAAUCGCAUGACAGCACAGAACUUGGCUGCCAUCUUCCAACCGGGGAUGCUCUCACAUCCCAACCACGCCAUGGCCCCCGAAGAAUACCGUCUGAAUCAAUGCGUCAUCAUCUUCUUGAUUGAAAACCAGGACCACUUUCUGAUUGGAAUGCAAGGGACGGCCGCCGAUGAGAAGACACAACGGGACAUCUUGAAGGGUACGCCACCGGUGAUAGUGGCGCCGGCGACGCCAAGCAAAAGCCGCAGCUCAGGAGUUACCAGGUCCGCGUCAAACGCAAGUGCUGGCGCGGAAAGUGUCAGCAGAGAUGGCAAGAUUCGCCGGAACCGGUCUGUGUCGUCAAGGCAUUCACGACACUCCAAUGGUGCUUCCACCCCCGGCAGCCCUGCUCUGGCAGCCACCCCGGGCAGUGGUCUGGGUAGAAGCAAUACCGUUCCGUCCAAAAAGUCGCCUCACAUCGCCUCCUCACGCUUUCAACGGGACGAGUCCCCAAACGUAACCGUGGCACCGGCCUCCCCAUCACCUGCCGGCUCGACGGUAGUCCCUCCGCCAACUGUGACCGAAGAGCCAGCCCACUCAACCGAGCAAACACCCGCUCCUGCCUCCGCUGCACAACCUGCGGUAACUCACUUGGCACCGGGGCCCAAUGCCGCAGGGAGAAGCCAAGAUAAACUCUUGGAUCCAGCCUCGGCUGCGGAAGUCACCACACCGUCGAAGGAGAGGACCCUUCCCAGUUUAUUCAACCUUUCGCCAGCUUCCGACGCCGAUAAAAGGCAGCCAAAUAAGCUUCGGAAGAAGCGGAUACCAGGUAGUGCUAAUCCUAGUGCACAAAGCUCUACCGUGUCCCUCACUCAUUCUGGAGCCGUUUCGCCUGCUUUAGAAGCGUCUAAUCCAAUGGAGAGGGCGGUUCAGCCUGAGCCUACAGUGCCUGAGCACAGCUCCUUGGCAGAGACGCCCACGCCCUCGGAACCCACGCCGAAGGCGUCGGCAGGCCCUUCUGAGAGUACAUUGCCAGCAUCUCAACCGGAAGGCAGCAGGACGCUGAAACCAAAAGCUUCACCAACCACGUCUCUGCACUCAUCAUUCAAUGAAGGCUCCGAUCUCGAUCAGGUAGAUGACCAGCUUCCAGGUCCUAGUGGGGAUCAGCCCGAGAAGGAAAGGAAACGACGCUGGAGAAUUUCCCGGAGGAAAGAGGAUAUUCCGGGCAUGUCAGCACCCAUAGGCGCCAACAGCCAUGCAGAGGCGAGCACGUCGACGAUUGGGAGUGGUGGGCACCGGCCUCGAAAAAGCUGGACAGGAGAAUCGUCUGAUGCCGCGAUUGCUUUGGCCGAGAGCGAGUCUGCAGGCAAAGAUAGCAAAGAUGAACCACGGGGUCCUCUCGGAUGGAUCAAGACAAAGUACCGGGAGGCAAAGGACAAUGUUGACCAGAAGCGGACAAAAUCACCGCCUGAAGAACACAGCCACAAGUUCUUGCCUCGACGGGGUAAGAGUAUCGACAUCAAGCGGAACCAGGAACAGGGUCAAGGUGCGGAUUCGAAUACGGAGCCACACAACGUACCUCUACCAACAUCACCGCCCCCGGUACCAAUGACGCACGAGGAGAAGUCAAAGGCUCCGUAG